GGAGAGCGGAGGGAGGGGCGGAGAGCGGUUGCUAGGCGACUGACGUCAUCGGCGCGCGCCGCUCCCCUCCCGCCCCUCUCCCUGGAGUGAGGCGAGAGCCCCGCACAGAGCGAGCGAGACAGUGAGCUGGGCUCCGGGCGCCGCUGCCGCCGCGAGCGUGAGACCUGCGAGCAUCGGAGACCCCGCCCCCGUGCGCUGGCUGCCGCCGCGACCUCCGCCCUCACCUGGGCCAGCGGGAUCCGAGGCCACUGCUCCGCUCCCCUUUCACCUUCCCGGCCGGCAACCGCGGCUGCACACGCCGGCGGAGCCCGAGCCCGAUCCGGACCCGGCGGCCGGGAGGCAGGACGGAGGCUACCUCGGGCCGGGGCCGGGGCCGGGCAGCAGCUCCCCGGUGAGAGGACGCCGAGGAGGGAUCGGAGCUUCCGUCUAGUCCUGGGGCGCGGGCGAGGGACCCCCGAGGUGUAGGAAGGGGGUCCCAGCCGCAGCGACACAUGCAGGAGCCGGGAGCGAGGGCGGCGCCGAGCGGAGCCGGCCGGGUCCCCCACCUCGCGGCCGCCGCGGCCACCCGCCCAGGGCCUUAGCAUCCCGCCGCGGAGUGCAUGAUCCGGGGCCCCAGGUCCAGCCAUCACCCCCGGCCGGGGGGCGGGGACCCCGAUGUGAAGCGGCGGCCGGGGCGGCGGGCCGAGCAGAACCAGCGCCGCAGUCCUUCCCUUCCACCUGCCCUUCACCCCCUCGGGGGUCUCCUCCCCGCGCCAGUCGCCGGCCCCCCGGCUCCGCGGCAGGACUCCGGGGGGAGUUCGUAGAGCCCCCUCCCCCGCCCCAGCCCCGAGGGCGGCGGGGCCGGGGGCACCCGGGGGGCCGGCCGCUCUCCCUCCGCCCGGAGGAAAAACUUUCUAAACACACGCCAUCCGGAGCCUCCCGAACCUGACUGUCCCCGGAGAAGUGGCCGCGGACCGGCGGGAGGCAGCCCGCAGAGACCCAGGAAGAGGAAAGGAAAAGAGACCAGCGGGGCCGCAGCCGCCUCCGCGCCCGCGGCGCGGAAGGGACCCGGGGGGCCGCCGGGCUGAGCGACACGAGCCCCGCUUCUCCGCGACGCGCGGGCGGGCGCCGCGGUCCCGAGGAGGAAGGGAGCCCGCCCGCCCACCGGCGCCACGCACGGCCCUGCUCCAAAGUGCUAGAUCAACAUAUCAACUCUUCUGAAACCUCCCUGUGCCAGUCAAAUAAUCCCUUCACCCCCAAGGGAGUCUAAACCAUCAGUGGGAUUUUUAAAAGGCUAUUUAAAUAUUUGGAUUACUUCCUUAGGAUAGAUUGCCAGAAGUGGAGUUACUGGGUCAGAGGAAUGUGAAAACCUUUGCAUCUUCUGAUAGUCUAGCCAAGGUCCAAGAAGUAGCAAGCUGGCUUUUGGAAAUGAAUCAGGAACUGCUCUCUGUGGGCAGCAAAAGACGACGAACUGGAGGCUCUGUGAGAGGUAACCCUUCCGCAAGCCAGGCAGAUGAGGAACAGAUGAAUCGUGUGGUGGAGGAGGAACAGCAGCAGCAACAGCUAAGGCAACAAGAGGAGGAACACACCGCAAGGAAUGGUGAAGUUGUCGGAGCAGAACCUAGACCUGGAGACCAAAAUGAUUCCCAGCAAGGACAAUUAGAAGAAAACAAUAAUCGCUUUAUUUCAGUAGAUGAGGAUUCCUCAGGAAACCAAGAAGAACCGGAGGAAGAUGAAGAACAUGCUGAGGAACAAGAUGAGGAGGAUGAAGAGGAAGAGGAAAUGGACCAGGAGAGUGAUGAUUUUGAUCAGUCUGAUGAUAGUAGCAGGGAAGAUGAACAUAUGCAUAGUAACAGUGUCACAAACUCCAGUAGUAUCGUGGACCUGCCUAUUCACCAACUCUCCUCAUCAUUCUAUACAAAGACAACAAAAAUGAAAAGAAAGUUGGACCAUGGUUCUGAGGUCCGCUCGUUUUCUUUGGGAAAGAAACCAUGCAAAGUCUCAGAAUAUACAAGUACCACUGGGCUUGUACCAUGUUCAGCAACACCAACAACUUUUGGAGAUCUGAGAGCAGCCAAUGGCCAAGGGCAACAACGUCGCCGAAUUACAUCUGUCCAACCACCUACAGGCCUCCAGGAAUGGCUGAAAAUGUUUCAGAGCUGGAGUGGACCAGAGAAAUUGCUUGCUUUAGAUGAACUCAUUGAUAGUUGUGAACCAACCCAAGUAAAACAUAUGAUGCAAGUGAUAGAACCCCAGUUUCAACGAGACUUCAUUUCGUUGCUCCCUAAAGAGCUGGCACUUUAUGUGCUUUCAUUCCUGGAACCCAAAGACCUGCUACAAGCGGCUCAGACAUGUCGCUACUGGAGAAUUUUGGCUGAAGACAACCUUCUCUGGAGAGAGAAAUGCAAAGAAGAGGGCAUUGAUGAACCAUUGCACAUCAAGAGAAGAAAAGUAAUAAAACCAGGUUUCAUACACAGUCCAUGGAAAAGCGCGUACAUCAGGCAGCAUAGAAUUGAUACUAACUGGAGGCGAGGAGAACUCAAAUCUCCUAAGGUGCUGAAAGGACAUGAUGAUCAUGUGAUUACAUGCUUACAGUUUUGUGGUAACCGAAUAGUUAGUGGUUCUGAUGACAACACUUUAAAAGUUUGGUCAGCAGUCACAGGCAAAUGUCUGAGGACAUUAGUGGGACACACAGGUGGAGUGUGGUCAUCACAGAUGAGAGACAAUAUCAUCAUUAGUGGAUCCACAGAUCGGACUCUCAAAGUGUGGAAUGCUGAGACUGGAGAAUGUAUACACACCUUAUACGGGCAUACUUCCACUGUCCGUUGUAUGCAUCUCCAUGAAAAAAGAGUUGUUAGCGGUUCUCGAGAUGCCACUCUUAGGGUUUGGGAUAUUGAGACAGGCCAGUGUUUACAUGUAUUGAUGGGUCACGUAGCAGCAGUUCGCUGUGUUCAAUAUGAUGGCAGGAGGGUUGUUAGUGGAGCAUAUGAUUUUAUGGUGAAGGUGUGGGAUCCAGAGACUGAGACCUGUCUACACACGCUGCAGGGGCAUACUAAUAGAGUCUAUUCGUUACAGUUUGAUGGCAUCCAUGUGGUGAGUGGAUCUCUUGACACAUCAAUCCGAGUGUGGGAUGUGGAGACAGGGAAUUGCAUCCACACGUUAACAGGACACCAGUCGUUAACGAGUGGAAUGGAGCUCAAAGACAACAUUCUUGUCUCUGGGAAUGCAGACUCUACAGUUAAAAUCUGGGAUAUCAAAACGGGACAGUGUUUACAAACAUUGCAGGGUCCCAACAAGCAUCAGAGUGCUGUGACCUGUUUACAGUUCAACAAGAACUUUGUAAUUACCAGCUCAGAUGAUGGGACUGUAAAACUGUGGGACUUGAAAACGGGUGAAUUUAUUCGAAACCUAGUCACAUUGGAGAGUGGGGGGAGUGGGGGAGUUGUGUGGCGGAUCAGAGCCUCGAACACAAAGCUGGUGUGUGCUGUUGGGAGUCGGAAUGGAACUGAAGAAACCAAGCUGCUGGUGCUGGACUUUGAUGUGGACAUGAAGUGAAAAGCAGAAAAGAUGAAUUUGUCCAAAUGUGUAGACGAUAUACCCCCUUCCCUUCCCCCCUGCAAAGAGAAAAAAAAAGAAAAAGGAAAAAAAAAGAAAAGAAAAAGAAAAAAAAUCCCUGUUCUCAGUGGUGCAGGAUGUUGGCUUGGGGCAACAGAAUGAAAAGACCUACAGACUAAGAAGGAAAAGAGGAAGAGAUGACAAACCGUAACUGACAAGAGAGGCGUCCGCUGUCUCAUCACAUACAAAGGCUUCACUUUUGACUGAGGGCAGCUUUGCAAAAUGAGACUUUCUAAAUCAAACCAGGUGCAAUUAUUUUCUUUAUUUUCUUCUCCAGUGGUCACCGGGCAGUGUUAAUGCCGAAACAUCGUCACAGAUUCUGCGCGUCUGUUCUCUUACCACUGAGACCUUAGAAAGGAGCUCUUAGAAAGGAGCUGCAAUAACAUCAGAAUAAGUAUGGUUGACUUUCUAAUCAGAGAGCAUCUGCAACAAAAGUCAUUUUUCUGGAGUGGAAAAGCUAAAACAAUAUAUAUUACUGUGAAUUGUUUUUGUACAGUUAUCAUGAAAAGCUUUUUUUUUUCUUUUUUUCUUUUUUUUUUUUUUGCCAACCAUUGCCAAUGUCAAUCAAUCACAGUAUUAGCCUCUGUUAAUCUAUUCACUGUCGCUUCCACAUACACUCUUCAGUGCAUAUGUUGCUCAAAGGUGGCAAGUUGUCCUGGGUUCUGUGAGUCCUGAGAGAUGGAUUUAAUUCUUGAUGCUGGUGCUAGAAGUAGGUCUUCAAAUAUGGGAUUGUUGUCCCACCCCUGUACUGUACUCCCAGUGGCCAAACUUAUUUAUGCUGCUAAAUGAAAGAAAGAAAAAAGCAAAUUAUUUUUUUUUAUUUUUUUUCUGCUGUGACGUUUUAGUCCCAGACUGAAUUCCAAAUUUGCUCUAGUUUGGUUACAGAAAAAAAAAAAAGACUUUUUUGCCACUGAAACUUGAACCAUCUGUGCCUCUAAGAGGCUGAGAAUGGGAGAGUUUCAGAUAAUAAAGAGUGAAGUUUGCCUGCAAGUAAAGAAUUGAGAGUGUGUGCAAAGCUUAUUUUCUUUUAUCUGGGCAAAAAUUAAAACACAUUCCUUGGAACAGAGCUGUUGCUGCCUGUUCUGUGGAGAAACUUUUCUUUUUGAGGGCUGUGGUGAAUGGAUGAACGUACAUAAUAAAACUGACAAGAUAUUUUAAAAAUAUAUAAAACACAAAAGUAAAAUAAAGUUGCUGGUCAGUCUUAGUGUUUUACAGUAUUUGGGGAAACAACUGUUACAGUUUUAUUGCUCUGAGGAACUGACAAAGCAGAAACGAUUCCGUUUUUGUAGUAAAGGCGUCACAUGCAAACGAACGAGAUGAAUGAAAAAGUCAAAUGGUUUGCCUCAUUCUCCAAGAGCCACAACUCAAGCUGAACUGUGAAAGUGGUUUAACACUGUAUCCUAGGCGAUCUUUUUUUUCCUCCUCCUGUUUAUUUUUUGUUUGUUUUAUUUAUAGUCUGAUUUAAAACAAUCAGAUUCAAGUUGGUUAAUUUUAGUUAUGUAACAACCUGACAUGAUGGAGGAAAACAACCUUUAAAGGGAUUGUGUCUAUGGUUUGAUUCACUUAGAAAUUUUAUUUUCUUAUAACUUAAGUGCAAUAAAAUGUGUUUUUUCAUGUUA